AUGGCUCCGCUGUUGAACACCUUUGCCGCAAUCGCCCUUGGGGCCGGUAUCGCCCAAGCCCAGCUCUGGGACAAAGUCAUCCAAACUUCUUACGGUCCCGUUGAGGGAUACCAAUACUUCAAUCAAUCAACUUUGGACAAGUUCUUCGACGGCGCCGAGUCCAAUGUGGCAGCAUUCUUGGGUAUCCCCUUUGCCGCUGAUACCGGAUAUCAGAAUCGAUGGAAGGCGCCUCAGCCUCGCGAAGUGUGGAAUGAGACCUUGAAAGCCACCGAGUUUGGUCCUUCUUGUCCAACUUCCUCCAUGGGCGGGUCUGCCAUCAGCGAGGACUGCCUGAGUCUCAACAUCUGGACCAACGCCAAGUCUGUGGAUUCCAAGCUCCCCGUUAUGGUUUGGAACCAGGGCUCCGAUGAGACUAGCGACAACACUUGGUACUAUGGUGGUGGUAUGGCAUUGAAGGACGUGAUCCUCGUCAGCUUCAAUCGUCGUGAUGAUGCGUUCGGUUACCUUGCUACCCCGGAGCUCAACGCGGAAGGACUCAAAGCCACUGGCCAUGAAACUUCUGGAAACUAUGGUAUCCUCGAUCAGUUGGAGGUCCUCAAAUGGGUCCAAAAGAACAUUGCCAAGUUUGGUGGUGAUCCUGACCGUGUUACUAUUGCCGGCCAGUCCUUUGGCUCCUCCCAGGUUUACCACGCGGUAAACAGUCCUCUGUUCUCUGGGUACUUCCAUGGUGGUAUUUCCCAGUCUGGCAUCAGAUAUCCUAAUGAUACCAUGCUGGCCGGUCUGGCAACCUCCUACGUCAACAUGUCCACUGCCAUCUCCAACAGUGCCGCCUAUAUCAAGGCCCACAACGUUUCCACAAUCGCGGAAAUGCGGACCCUGUCUAUGGAAAGCUUGGUUGAGGGUGCUUCCGACCGAGUCACUAAUAGCUCCAUCUGGUGGGUCACUGCGCUGUCAGCCGGCUACCCUCUGAUCUUCAAGCCCGUUCUGGACCAUUACGUGCUUCCUUCGACUUACCUCGAGACUUUGAUCAAUGGACCUGCCAAUGAUGUUCCUGUCAUUACUGGUAACACCAAGGAUGAGUCCGGUGCCUCCCCAGGCACCGACUACACCGUCGCCGAGUACGAAUACUACUGCGGACUCAAAUACGGCAACCUUUCCAGCGAGUACUUCAAGCUCUACCCAGACCACAACAAUGGAACCAUUGCCUCUCGCGCCUGGAACGCCGCUGCCCGUGAUCUCUCGCUCAUUGGCUCCUGGGCCUAUGCCACAGACUGGUACAAAUCGGCCACUUCAGACUUCUACACUUACUACUGGACCCACGCGCCCCCGGGCCAGGACCAAGGUGCCUUCCACCAGUCUGAAAUCAUGUACGCGCUCAACGCCCUCUAUGCCAACGAUGAGACCUACCCGUUCACUGCCGUCGAUUUCGAGAUCCAAGAGCAUAUGUCCGCCUACUGGGCCAAUUUUGCCAAGACCCUCAACCCUAACAACGGAGGUUCUUACAAUGGCAGCAAGACCUUGCCGCGCUGGAGCCCUAACAGUGCCAACGGUACUCAGGUGGUUAUGGAACUUGGUAACAAGUUCAAGAAUGUGCCUAUCGCUAAGCCCCGACAGGUCAAGUUCAUGAUGGACUACUUCCACCAGCAGAUCAUUGACACCAUGGUUGCUGAACACAUCACCCUGCGCAACAACACCUCCACUCCAAUUGUCCUGAAGCGCAUCGAGCGCUUCCGGGCACCAGAGGCGGGAGGGUUCAAUGCCUUCAGCACUAUGGCCAGGAACCUGACCCAGGUCCUGACCAACCAAACGCGCAGUGACAAUGUCGCGACAAUCGAGCACGACAGCCAACCCUUCGAAGAGAAAGAUGUAGACAUCCGCAUCGAGCCAUUCACAACCAAGAAGACCGACCUGCGCCCCUUCAUCGACUCCAACAAAGAGCGCGCGCGUCUCGUCUUCGAAGCAGAGGGCCAAAGAUACCAGAUCCAAGCCCCAGUCCCAACAACAGAAUCAGAGACCAUGAAACCAUUAAGCGAGAAUCCCAAAUUCCGCUUCACAGGCAUCUACGUGACCCCAGAAGCAUUCCUGGCAGUCUUCUCGUCCGCAAACCUCAAUGCCUGGAUGCGCGAAUUGCGCGAUGAUACUCUCCUCUCGGCCCUGUCUAUCCCAGGUACCCAUAACUCGCCAACAUGUCAUAUUGCACCACCCUCCGUCCGCUGCCAGGCCGUCAGCCCUAAAGAGCAGCUCCAGAAUGGAGUGCGGUUCUUCGAUAUCCGCGUGCAGCCUCAGUACCCUGAUCAUGAUGACCGAGACGAAUUGAUCCUCGUACACAGCGUCUUCCCCAUCUCGCUAACAGGCAACAAGUACUUCCGGGAUCUGAUGAACGAAGUAGACGACUUCCUGGAACGCAAUCCGUCCGAAACCCUGGUCGUCUCUGUUAAGCGCGAGGGCGCUGGCCCGGCCACUGAUGAGCAACUCUCACGCAUCCUGGCUGAUCACUAUGCCAAAGCGGGUAGUCGGUGGUGGGUACGACCCAAGAUCCCGACAUUGGGCGAAGCGCGAGGCAAGAUUGUUCUUCUGCGCCGGUUCAAUCUGCAGGAGAAGCUGAAGGGCGAACAUGGUGGAAAUGGCUGGGGUAUUGAUGCGGCUGCUUGGGCGGAUAAUACAGCUCACGCUGUGUGUCCCAGUGGACAACUUUGCAUUCAGGAUUUCUACGAGGUGCUGGAGAGCGUGAACAUCGAGAAGAAGGUGCAGUAUGUCUCUGAGCAGAUUGAUCGGGCCAGCUGCUGUCGGUAUCCGUUUGGUGUUCAGCCUGACGCGCAUGCGACAAAGGCAUUCCCCUUCUACAUCAAUUUCUUGAGUGCGAGUAAUUUCUGGAAAACGAAUACUUGGCCUGAGAAGGUGGCUGGGAAGGUGAACCCGGCUGUUGUGGAUUAUAUCUGUCGUCGGGGCAAGGAGCAUGAUGCUGAUUGCUCGACUGGUAUCCUUGUUACGGAUUGGGUUGGUCUGAAUGGCGAUUGGGAUCUGGUGCGCUGCAUUGUGGGUAUGAAUGCCAAGCUGCGUUUCAGAGAGCACUAG